AUGGCGUCGUCGCUCGUGGAUCAGAAGUUUCUCGGCCGUCUGGCCAGGACGGUCGAAGCAGACAAUCCCUUGCUGUCAUCCAUGCUGCUCAAACUCCUCGGAUUGUCCCUCAGCCUCGCAGAACAGUUGGUUACAGCCAAGAAACAGCGCCGCCCAGAUCCCGCCAGAAGCCCGAAGUCUUUGGAGCUCAUUCUUCAUAUCAUAUGGCUUUCACGAGAGGGCCUGGUCAUGCUUCAGCAGUAUGUCAUACCCAUGGUAGGGAAUCAUACCGAGUUGAAGGUGCUCGCGUACAAACUCCAAGCAUCUUUCUAUUACAUCUUUGUGUUGUUCCACAACAACCCUCCGGUUUCGACGAUCGGCAUUUCGACACCUGACCCGGCGACCAGCGCAGUACUGCCAGGAACGACACCACCCAGAUCCGAUAAGGGCAAGGGCCUCGCCAUGGAAGGUGACUGGAACACUUCGCAAAACUCCAUACAACCCACACAUCCUCUUGAAGGAGGGCCAGUCCAUCCUCCGCCGGGCUUCGCCCCUCAACACAAUGUUGUCGAUCUUCCCGCUCGAUUUCUGAAGGAGCCUAAAAACUUUCUUCCCGAGGCCCAUCAGUACUUCCAACAAGCAAUCGGUCUGGCAGACACGUAUCUUUGGGGUUCCCAUUCAUUACGCCUGUCCGUCAAGACAGAAUACGCUGCAUUCCUAUGGGACUGCUUGCACGAUGGCGAAGGUAGCCGCAAGGUCGCCAAGGACGCUAUAGCCGAGGUGUAUGAAGCCUCGGAAGGCAUGGACGACGACAUGUUCACGGACGCUUGCGAACUCGUCACCGUUCUUGGGAGGAUGAUGAAGCGAGGGUUGGGCACAAACAACAUGGGUUCCACCAACACCUUGAGAAGUCAGCGCGAUACCGCCAGCCCAGCCCAGCCGUUGUAUGCGCAGGCUCCUGCCGCUGUGCCGCCCCCGGGGAUGGAGAACCCCAUCUGA